UUAUUCGUUGUCGUGUCGUUCUCAUGUUUAGUGCUUUGUGCCUAUAUUUUGAAUAUUAAUUACAUUUCGUCAAGUAUAAUUAUUUUGGCAACGCAUUUACUAAAUUCUCUAACGUAAUUUUUCAAUUAAAGUUACAUUAUUUGCAGCUUCUGAAAUUCAAUAUCUUUGUGUUUUAUUGCAAAAAUAAAUUAAAACAGAUAAAAUGGAACGCAAUAAUGGCCGUUAUCAAUACCUUCGCCGUCAAGGACAACAACAUCAUAACCAGUCCUCAUCAUCGUUGUCUUCAUCUUCAUCAUCUUCACUGUCGUCUACGUCGAAUAAUAACCACAACUCUGACAAUCAUCGCAACUAUUCCUCAUCAUCUUCACAAUACUCGAAUUCGACCACAACACCAUAUUCAUCACAAUCCACAGUAUCCCGCGAGCCACUAACACAGCAUGAUGAAUUGAUACGAUACAUCAAUGAAGCAUGGAAUAAGGUAAAUUCAGAGGGGUCGCCUAAAGUAUAUUGCAACGAAUCAGACCAGUUAAAGAACUUCAAGCCAUUCAAUUUAGAAGAGUACUCGGGUCAACGAUUAGUGCAAAGUAAUUUAAUAAAUCUUUCUCACGGACAUCAAUAGACAACACAUCAUCUAGAUACAUUGACAUUUGUUUUAUAUUAAAAAAGGAAAAUAACUAAAUUAAAAAAAAAAAAACAAAAAAAAUAAAUAUUAAAUUUUGUGGAUGAGCAAUACAAUAGACGCCGUCUACUAAGUGCAGCAGUAACUUAAAAUUUGACAAAUAUAAACAAAACCUAAAGUAAAUAACGUUUGAAUCAUUUACAAUAAAAAUUAUUAAAAUCAAAAAAAUAUUAAUCACACAUAUACAGGGUGCGCUAAAUGUUAACAUUGCACUUGUGUUAAAUUGUAAUUCAGUUAAAGUUGAAGCAAAUUAAAAAAUUUGAUUUUUGUAAGCAGUAUUUU